AUGAAGUUUGUUAAAAACAGUAAAACUCCUCCUAAGCCCACUGUGACCCUGCAGCCAUCCUACACUCAGAUAUAUGGAGGAGAAAUAUACAGCGGUACCACAGUCACCGUCAGAUUUCACAUUAAGCCCACUGUGACCCUGCAGCCACCCAGGACUCAGAUAUACAGCGGUGAGACAGUCACUGUGAGAUGUGAGAUUCAGGGAGGUGAAGGAGCUCAGUGGACGUAUGAAUGGAGACGAGGCCAGAAAAACAUACGUGAAACAUCGAAUGAAUACAGAAUCUUUACAGUUACUGAGUCUGACAGUGGAGGAUACAGCUGCCGGGGCAGAAGGGACUAUUUGGUAACGGAGUGGAGUGAAACCGUCACACUGACUGUAUCGUCGAAACCAAAGGCUGAACUGAGAGCUGAUAGGACAGCUGUUCCAGUAGGGGGCAGUGUGACCCUGACCUGCUCUGUGAGCCCAUCAUCAUCAUCAUCAUCAUCAUCAUCAUCAUCAUCAUCUGGAUGGAAAUACUACUGGUACAGAGAUGGGAAAUCUUUUCAACCUGUGACAAAUGGACAAAUCAGUGUCUCAGAGGGAGGACUCUACAGCUGCAGAGGAGGAAGAGGAGAACCAGUUUACUACACAGAGGACAGUGAGUCAGUCAGGAUUGACACAACUGUGUCAAACAGGCCUGUUGUGACUCUGCAUCCAAACUGGUCUGAGAUAUACAGAGGAGAGACGAUCACUGUCAGAUGUGAGAUCCAUGGAGGAGACACUGAGUGGGAUUAUGAGUGGGAAAUAAACAGCAUCAUAAAACCUCCAAAUCAAAAUGAAUACAGGAUUAGAUCUGCUUCAUCAUCCAACAGUGGAAACUAUCGCUGUAAGGGCAGAAUGAAAAGUUCAAAGUAUGAAACAACAGAGUGGAGUGAUUCAGUCACACUGACAGUUUCUGACAAUAAACCCCGUCCUGUCCUCACUGUGUCUCCAUCAUGGCUGAGUCCUGGAGCCUCAGUAACUCUGAACUGUGAGGUUGAACAUCCGUCUGCAGGAUGGAGCUUCUACUGGUAUAAAGCUGUUCCUGAUCUAUCAGAGAAAUCCUCCAUUUAUGAGCUGCUACCUGAUGGCAGUGGGACUGCACAGGACUCCUACAUCAUUCAUGGACAGACACACACAGCAGGAUAUGUGUGCAGAGCUGGAAGAGGAGACCCAGAGUAUCACACUGAUCACAGUCAACCAGAGUUUGUCUGGUCUGCAGAUGUUCAUUCAGCAGCGUCUCUCACAGUGAGUCCUGACAGAGUGCAACACUUCACCUCUGACUCUGUCUCACUGACCUGUGAGGGAAACUUCACUGAGUGGAGAGUGAUGACUGUUCCACAGAGCGAUCCUUCAUAUUAUUAUAAAUGCGAGAGAAUGACUGGAUCCACAUGUAACAUCGAUUACAUAUUAAAGUCAGAUACUGGAGUGUACUGGUGUGAGUCUGGAUCAGGAGAGUUCAGCAGUGCAGUCAACAUCACUGUACAGAAUGAUGGUAAUGGUCCUAUCCUGGUGAGUCCUGUUCAUCCUGUGACUGAGGGAGCUUCUGUUAGUCUGAGCUGCAGUUUGAGAACACAAAAAAUACUUUCCAAUGUGUUUUUCUAUCACAAUGACAAACUUAUUCAAAAUGAUCCCCGAGGGGAGCUGAACAUCUCUGCAGUGUCAAAGUCUGAUGAAGGUUUCUACAAGUGUCAGUACUCAGGAAGAGAGUCAGCACAGAGCUGGAUGUCAGUUAAAGUAACUGGACCCAGUUCAUCUCCUGUGUGGUUGAUGGUUGGACUGGUUUGUGGAGUCUCUCUCAUUAUUAUUCUCCUGCUCUUGUUGUAUCGCUGCAGACAGUCCAAGUAUUCCUGCUUCACCAGGUCGAUCCAGUCUGAGAGUCACAGUCCGGGCUCCUCCACAAAUCAUGGAGUCAACCAGAAUGAAACUCAUGUCCGGAAAAGGGUGGAGUGCCCACUCCGGGUCGGGGAUGAGUUCAAGUAUCUCGGGGUCUUGUUUGCGAGUGAUGGGAGAAGGGAGCCGGAGAUCGACAGACGGAUUGGUGCUGCGGCUGCAGUAAUGCUCACGCUGCACCGGUCCGUCGUGGUGAAGAGGGAGCUGAGUGUACCAAUAACCUCUAUGAAUCUGUUAGGCAAGUGGAAGACAACAGAAAUGGUGCAGUAUAUGUGUUGA